ACGAUUGUUACACUUUGGUCGCUUCAUUUAUUUUCUUAUGGUAAUUCGUCGUUGCCGGUUCAUUUUUUAGGUUCCUAUUUCUUUCAAUUGUAAAAGUUGUUGUAUUUCUUGGCUUUUUACACAAACCGUGACUUCCAGUUGGUUAAGCCGACAACACUAUGGUCAAUUUUAGGGUGCUAGCGAGAGCCAUGUCCACGGUGGCGAAGGCGUUCGAAGCAAACCAAGUGGUGCCCGAUGUAGUGUCCAAGGCGCCCUCCGCUUUAGUAACGGUGAAAUACCCCAGCGGCGUGGAGGUGAACGAAGGCAAUGAACUGACCCCCACCCAGGUGAAGGAUGUGCCGACCGUGUCCUGGGACGCCACUCCCAACCAGCUCUACACACUCGUCAUGACCGACCCGGACGCGCCGUCCCGCAAGGACCCCAAGUUCCGCGAAUGGCACCAUUGGCUGGUCGGCAACAUCCCCGGAAACAAUGUGGCGGCCGGCGAGACCCUCUCAGCGUACGUCGGCUCCGGCCCCCCGCCGGACACCGGCCUGCACCGAUACGUCUACCUCGUCUACAAACAGCCCUCCAAGCUGAACUUCGACGAACCCCGUUUGCCCAACACAUCGGGUGAAAAUCGCGGCAAGUUCUCGAUUGCGAAAUUUGCUCAAAAAUACAACCUUGGAGAUCCCAUAGCCGGCAACUUCUACCAGGCAAAAUACGACGAUUAUGUGCCCAUUUUGUAUAAACAAUUGGGUGCUUAAUUUUUUAAUUGUUCUUUUUUUUUAUGUACAUCACACACUGUGUUUUAAUAUACCUUUGCAUAAUGUUAAGAAGCAAUUUUCGAACGCAUUUAAUAGAUUCAACAGAAGUAGUUACCAAAUGCAUUUAGUAGAUUUAAUACAGAGAAAUACUAACAAUAGAUAAAACCAUUACCCUGAUAUGGAAGGAUUCAUCUGGUAUGAUCUUCUGAUGUUGUAUAUCAUAUUAUUCCCUUAGAUAUAUAAGCAAAGUUGUAUUCUGUCAAAUAAAAUUAUAUAAAUUGC